AUGCCCAAACUUGCUGGAACAACAGCAAUCGCCUAUUUGUACGCCGCCUAUACAGCUCACCAGCAGGGCCGUAAUUGGAAGGGGCUGGCUGCCAGUGCUGCUUUGACGGUCUCCAUCCUUCCUUUCACCGUUAUCUUCAUGAGUUCAACAAACGACCUUUUGUUUAAGGCGUCUGCUGGAACCUUGGAUGCUUCACAGGAGGACGUGGCUACGUUGAUCGGGAGAUGGGGAGUUUUGAACUUGGUCCGAAGUCUGCUUCCUCUUGCUGGAGCGGCUUUUGGUUUCUCAACUCUGUUCAGCGAAGAAUGA